AUGGAUCUAAGUGACCUCCUCUACCCAAGUAACCCUCAGAGAUGCCAGGAUGUGAUUGAUCUACACCAGGAACUGCUUAACUGCAUACAACUUAUUUUUAAGGCUACCAGUGAACUGAUUGGAACACUGAAUGAACAUUUGGGAGCCACACUUGCACACAUUAACAUGAAAGAAGGUGGUACCAUCAAAGAGAACUAUGACAUCAUCAUCCAAGCCAUGACUGAUAUUCAGCAAGAGAUAUUGAAGUUUGAUAAAGAAAUGAAGGAAAAGCUAGAGCCAGUAACAUACCAAAAGCUUUAUGAUAUCCAACAGCCUGAGUUGGAGAAAAUUGCAAUAGAUCACAAAAUAGUAUCUGUUAUUCUUGGAGACACUACUGCAUCUGCAGAUAUAGUAGCUGUAAAAUUAGUAUGUUCAAAUAUUGUAAUUGUUACUGUUAACAAGUGAGUUGCUCUGCUUGCUCAAAUUGGAUUAUCUGUUCUUGGAGGCAUUGCCAUGAGUGUUCUUGCUGGCAUUGACAUAAAUCUUCAUGCUAUAUUGGGAACAGUGGAAAGGGACAACCUUUUAGCAUCUAUUCAGAGCUAUGAGCUGAAUCUAGCUGAAUUUAAGGAAGCCUCAGAGACUCAUCAGCGUGCCAUUACUGAAGUAAAUUCACUGGUGAAAGACAAAGCUAAAUUAGUUGUAUGUGAGGAAGCUUCUACCCAUCAAUGA